AUGGCGGCCGGGCGGCCGUCUUCGAGGUGGUGGACCGGAGGAUUUGUGGCGCAUGGGGAAGGGACUCCUCAGGUCAGACUCGGAAACCAGAAUGGGAAACGCAGGAACUGGCGGCCGAACCACCAGCAAGCCUUCCUGGGGAGCGUGCGCGAGGGACAAGGUUUUGCAUUCCGGAGAAAACUGAAGGUCCAGCAAAAUUACAAGAAAUUGCUGUGGAAGGUGAAGAAAGCACCAAUCUCACAGGAAUCCCAGUUCACAGAUCAUUACCCAGAACAUCUGAAACACCUCUAUCUAGCUGAAGAAGAAAGACUCAGAAAACAGCAAAGAAAGGUUGGCCUGCUUUUGUCAGAACAAGUUGACCAGCCUUUGCCUGAAGAGGAAGGCAACACUGAGCAAACUUCAUGCAAAGAGCAGUCCAGUGUUUUCCAGCCUCAGCCAGAAGAGCUGAGCACAGGAAAUUCUGUGACUUUUCCAAAGAAAAAUAAAAAGAAAACUUCGAACCAGAAGGCACAAGAAGAGUAUGAGCGCGUACAAGUGAAGCGUGCUGCUAAGAAAUUCGAAUACGAAAUGAGAAAGCGAGAGAGAGAAGAGGCUCAGAAGCUCUACAAAAAGAAAAAAAUGGAAGCUUUCAAAAUACUGAGCAAAAAGACAAAAAAGGGCCAGCCUAACCUGAAUUUACAGAUGGAGUAUCUUCUUCAGAAAAUACAAGAAAACAGUUAGAGCAGACACUUUCUCCUUAAGGAUUGAAUCUGACUGACUGUUGCUUCUUUUUGUAUGUGUAUCAGGAGCCUCCAUGAAUGGACUCAAUUUGUUGAUAUCAAAUGAAUUGCUGAAUUAUUUUUUUGUUUUUGUGAAAGAAAAUUUUCUAUAUAUAUUCUCCAUAAAAAAAUGACUUUAAUCCUUAAGAUGUUUAAAAACUUCAGUGGAAUUUAUGUGAAAUAAACUACUUUGAAAUAGGCCUGA